CCGGAAGAGUAAAGUAGCGUAGAUAGCACGUCGCUUGUGUUUGUAAUAUUGAACGUUGAUUAAAAACUGACUGUAAAGCGGCCGUGGUGAUGAUCAGACAGCUGUACUGCACCGCAGGCGCCGGGAUGGAGGAGCUGCUGGCCCAGGAGGUACAACACAAACUCUGCGCUACUCAAGUGGAGCAGAUCCCAGGGAGAGUGUUCUUCUGCAGCAGCGCUGACCUGCAGACCGUAACACGACUCAAAUCAGCAGAGAGGCUGUUUGUCCUGCUGCGCAGAGCCGAGCCCGUUUCGCUCCCCAACAACCCAGCGAAACAAGCCGCUGUUAUAAAGCAGGGAGUUGUGGGAGAUCCAGACAUUUGGAGGCAGAGCUUCCUAACCUGGAAAGCCCUUCAGCAAGAGCUUCAGUGCAGCCAGGAGCGCGGUCAGAAGAGAAAGAGAGAGGAUGAAGAGGAGAGUUUGUACACACCGUCCUUCAGAGUGAGCUGCCGUUGUAGUGGAGUCAUUGCCCGCUUUUAUACCUCUCAGAGACUGAGUCGGAUCAUUGGGAUGGCCAUCAAAGAAGAUCUUGGGUGGAAGGUGGACCUACGAGAUCCUGUUCUUGAGGUGAAUGUGUAUUUAAGCAAUGACCACUGCAUUGUAGGCAUCCCUCUACUGAAGCAUCCUCUGGCCUGUCGAUCUUAUAUGAAACACAACGGGUUGCGUUCUACAAUAGCCUGGGCCGUAAGCUCUCUUUGCCCUAAGAAGCUGAAUGAUUGUGUGAUUUUAGACCCAAUGUGUGGAGUUGGUGCUGUGUUGUUAGAAGCUGCUCAGGAGUAUUCAAAUGCUGUAUUUCUAGGCAUGGAUACAGACUUGUUGCAGUUGCAGAAAGCUGAAGAGAACGUCAAAGCAUCUGGAUUGGAAGGAAGAGUGCAGCUACUUCAGUCGUCUGCCAUGGAGAUCCCUCUUGCAGAUGGAGCAGUUGAUGCUGUGCUGUGUGAUAUUCCUUUUGGCAGAAAGUUCAGCUGCAGCUCUGACAUGUCAACUGCACUGCCACGCUUACUGAGAGAGAUGGAGAGGGUACUUCGUGUGGGUGGACAUCUUGUUCUUUUACUGAGUUUGCAGCUUUCUGCACAGCUUAAGAAGAUCAUUUGCACACCCGAACACAAUCAAAAUGUAAAUUCCUUAGACACAAAUAAUCUUCACACCGACCCAUCAAAAACACACAAGGAAAGCACAGACGCACCCUUAAUGUUUGACAAAGCAAGCUCUGAAAUGUCAAAUACACAGUUCUUCAUUAGGUCUUUACAAGCGCACAGGACGCACAGGGUUAGUCUGGGCAGCACAGAUGCAUUAAUACACACCUACACCAAAAUACACACUCCAACUAAAAUAAGCUCAUCCUGAUGUGUAUAUGUGGACAAUCCAAGAAUUUGCAACAAAUGAGCAAGGUGUUAAUAAAAUGUUUUCAAAAGA